AUGGCGGAGCUGGCGGCCGAAACGGAGCCCGAGCCGGGCCCGGGGCGCGAUCUGGUGGCGGAGCUGCGGGGCCGCGACGGGCGGACGCGGACGGUGCGGGUGCCGUACCCGGCAGCGGCGGAGGGCGAGGCCGCCCAGCUGCGCGGGCUGCGGGCGGCCCUGAGCGAGCUGCAGGAGCGGGUGGUGGAGCUGCUGGCGCCGCUGGUGCAGGAGGAGCGGGCGGCUGCGGGCGGCGCGCGGCGCGGUGCUGGCGGGGAUGACGACGACGACUACGAUGACGAGGAGGAGGAUGAAGGCGAAGACGAAAACAACGUGGACGCGGCGGCGAGCGGCGAUGACCCUCCCGUGAAGCGGACGAAGGUGCAGCAGCCGUGAGGGCGGCGCUGGAGGCCGGGCCUGCGCCCGGACAGGCUGUACCGACUGUAAGUGUCCCGCGCCCGCUGCACGGAGCCGCUCCCGCCGCGCUGCUGCUCCCGUUUAAAAGUGAAACGCCCAUCCCGACACUGCUUUAAUACGGAAGCCUUUCCCAAAGGAUGCGCCUGGGCGUGAGCAGCGUGUUGCUUACAGGCUGCCAGUCUUAUGGUGGCGCCAGUUUUUUGUAAACUAGUUGGCAGGUACAGACUUUUCUCACAAAUCUUCUGAUUGGUAUGUUUUUUAAUAACUUAUUUUGAGUCACAGUAUUUCUUCAUGUGACACCACUUUUAAAAUAAAGCAAUAAAACCUGAAAAGA